GUUCUUAUCCCAAUAGUAAUCAGCAGAUCAAACCUGAACUUAUGAAAAUAGUACUCAAAAAUUCACUUGUAGAUUAUCAUCUUUCCUGUCAAUGGACAUCUGAUCUCUUGGAGAAGACCUUUCAAUUUCUUACUCCGAAGAAAGUUACUGGUAGCUUAGCUGUAACUAAUAAUUUUGAUAGAGAAGAGUUACA